AUUUAAUCCCUCGGUGGAAAAGGUUAGGUCGUCUUUGGAUCUUAUAGGUUUGUCAGCCUGCCAGCCGCACACAACGGACAGCAACAGGAAACGUGGAAGGCAUGAAUAAGCUUCUGUUACCGAGCGGCGAGGAGGAAGAGCGCUCUGACCAAGGCUCGCAUGCUCCGGCAAGAGCAGAGAGGAAGAUGUGGGACCGGGUCAAGACUUUCUUCCAGGGGACGGAGAACCUGAGGAGUAACGUGAGGGGUUGCCUGAAGAGGAACGGGCUGCUGACGCUGUCCAUCAUCGCCGUGAUCACCGGCUGCAUACUGGGCUUCAUGCUGAGGGGAACUCAUAUGUCCACACAGGCAAAGAUCUACUUCUCCUUUCCCGGAGAGCUGCUGAUGAGGAUGCUGAAGAUGCUCAUCCUUCCUCUCAUCACGUCCAGUUUGAUGUCGGGUCUGUCGUCGAUGGAGUCGAAGGCGUGCUGUCGGAUUGGCGUCCUGACCGUCACCUACUACCUGUGGACCACCUUCAUCGCCGUAGUGGUCGGCAUCUUGCUCGUCAUCAUCAUCAAACCUGGCGUGGGGACGGAUAUGGAGAGCCACCAUCUGGGAGGGGGGCCCGUCAUGACCUCGGCCGAUGCCCUGCUCGACCUCAUCAGAAACAUGGUUCCCUCUAAUUUGAUCGAGGCUACGUUUCAGCAGUACAGAACAGACCUGAUUCCCAUCCUUAAAGUCCCAGCCAGAACCGUACAGCCCAACUUUGUCUACGUCUUCCCCGACGAGAACGACCCCAAAGGUCGGACGGUGUACCUGGAGCUGACUCCGCCUCCGGAUAUCACGUACAAGACAAGUCCGGGCAGCAGCCAGCAGAUGAAUGUCCUCGGCAUCGUCAUCUUCUCCGCCACCAUGGGCCUGUUGCUAGGCAGGAUGGGAGAGCGAGGAGCUCCCCUGAUCAGUGUGUGUCAGUGCAUCAACGAGUGCGUCAUGAAGAUUAUCAAUGCUGCUGUCUGGUACUUUCCAUUUGGGAUCAUCUUCCUGGUGGCAGGGAAGAUCCUGGACAUGCAGGAUCCGAGCACGCUGGGGAGGAAGCUGGGCUGGUACGGCAUCACCGUGCUCGCUGGCCUCUUCGUCCACGGACUCAUCCUCCUCCCUUUCUUUUACUUCGUCCUGACCAAGAAGAACCCCUUCACCUUCAUCCGUGGGCUGCUUCAGGCCUUGGUGAUCGCCCUGGCAACCUCUUCCAGCGCUGCCACGCUGCCCAUCACCAUGAAGUGUUUGUUGGAAAACUGCAAUAUUGACCGGCAGAUUGCCCGCUUCGUCCUCCCCGUGGGUGCCACCAUCAACAUGGACGGCACAGCGCUGUACGAGGCCGUGGCGGCCAUUUUUAUUGCUCAGGUUAAUGAUUAUGAGCUGGACUUUGGCCAGUUGGUCACCAUCAGCAUCACGGCUACAGCCGCCAGCAUCGGUGCGGCGGGUAUCCCUCAGGCCGGUCUGGUUACCAUGGUGAUCGUACUGACAUCAGUGGGCCUGCCGGCAGAUGACAUCACACUUAUCGUGGCCAUUGACUGGAUUCUCGACAGGUUUCGGACCAUGAUCAACGUUCUGGGUGACGCUCUGGCAGCGGGAAUCAUCGCCCACCUCUGUCAGAAAGAUUUCCCCCAUAGUGCAACAGGAAAGCCUGUACCGUCGUACGGGACGCAGACUCCUCACACUCACAACAACUCUCACAGCGUGAAUGUGCCAAUGACAGAGUUCCACACACACACAGACUGUAUGUUCGAGACGAUGGCCGACCCAGCGGGCGGGAGCCAUGCACACACCGUCUACUACAACAUCUGUCAGGUGUGAUCGGACCAGACCCGUGGAGCUCACCUCAAGACACCACAGAGUCUGGUGACAAUCUCACCGUGCCAUCUGAAAGAAAGACCGUCGUAACAAAGCAUGAUUCUUCUUAUUUUGAAAAGCAGAAGCUGCUUUUAGUUCAGUUUAGGUGACAGGGACAGUGGUUUAAUUGGCCAAAAGUGGAUUGGAGCUCAAUUUUGAGCUUUGUUCUGUGCUCACUGAUGAAAUAGAAAACAGUAUCUCCUCGGAUAAAAGGAACAGGGCACCAUUUAAUGGAAACUAGCCAUCAAGUUGGCCUGAAUUAAAAAAGUGGGAAGGUUGCUUCAUAUCAACCAGAGAAAUUCAGCAAGAUCUCUGAUUAGCAUUGAAGAACAGGAUGUUCAGGACUCUAAUCUGCACCAGAGGAGUUAUGGGUAAAUGACAAUUUCCUGGGAGCACCUGCAGGUUCAUCAUCUGGUCUGACCGUCAUACCUCUUGUGUGCUGACCAAAAUGGACAAAUGGAAGAUGGGGGUGGAAGACGGAACGCUGUGUUUCAUGAGCUUCACCAUGUGCUUUGGGUAGUUACCGAAAGAAUGAGAUUGCAGACACUAGCAGUCAAAACGAGUUCUCAUCACAGUCACUCGGCUCCGGCAUGAAAGCCCUGUUCGAAACCAGAUGGCGAGCUUGGGGGAGCCAGUUGAGUUUGUUGCUUUUAGAUUAUUUCAAGCAAGUCCAACUGGGAGGAGGUUCCGAGGAGACCGUGAACACGCCGGAUGGAUUUUAUAUCCCGUCAGACCUAGGCACUUCUAAGGAUUCUCCAACAGGAGGACAUCUGGACUACCUUGACCCAGACCCUUGUAAGCAACAGUUUUCAAGUGAUACCCUCGCAGUUGGCUGUUUAUUUGCUUGACUGUACCCUAAACGAAAGGUUCUGAUCCUAUUUGAAGUGGAGAGGUGGAUUAGUACCUGGAUUAAUUGUCAGAGUUUUUCAACUGCUUGUCAUCUUUUCUUGGAUUUACCAGAACAAAUCCACUUCAAGGUUGAGAUGAAGAUACAUUAAGAUACCACGUUGGAUCACUUUGGAUUGGCAAUUGAAAAUACACUGCGAUUGACCUAAGAACAAAGCUGGUAAACUUGGAUCGCUCUUUCAUCUGGGAUCCUCUAAAGUGACGAACGUCUUCGUGCUGCUAUUUUUUCCUCAUGUUCAGGACCCUUUUGCUCUCACAGGAAUUUCAGAC